AUGGAGAGGAUCAUCAUUGAGAGCAUUGUCCGAGGAGACCAGGAUAGUGUCCGGCUCUACCUGCAGAGGUAUAACACCCAGUAUGCUGAGUGCUUCUUUUUUAACAGUGAGGAGCAGGAGAGAAAAAAGCAACAAGAGCUGGAAGAAUUCAGGAAGAACAAAACCAGGGAAUGUGUUCCUGAUUCUGACAUGGAUUCUGACGACGAAGAGCCAGAUCUUCUUCUCCGACAGCAUCUUACUGCAGCCCUGAUGAGUUUUAUCAGCGGUCAGCUUCAACCAUCAGUAUUAGGAGUGUGCCUGCAAACGCUGCGUAUCCUGUCCCGCGAUAGACGGGGCCUAGGACCAAUGGUCACUGAUGGUGCGCUGACCACAUUGGCAGGCCUGGGAGGGCAAUUCACAAGUGAAGAGGAUGAUGAACAUCUGGAAGAAGACGAGGAGGUGUGCAGGAAGGAGGCUUUGAAAGCCUUGUGUAACGUUAUCUACAACAGCCCCAGGGCACAGGAAAGAGCCAGUGCACUGAGAUUUCUGCAAGGUGUUUGGGAUAGUGUGAAGCAGGGCAUCAACAGCAGCGAGCGAAACAGUGUCCAGUUCUAUAGGCUGAGACUACUGUUCUUACUGACAGCUUUGAGGCCAGAACUCAGGCUUCAGCUGCAGCAGGAGAAAGGAGUGUCAGUGCUAACCAAAGCUCUGGAGCGAUGCCUGGCAGCGAAAUGGGGUAACGGGUUUGAGGUGCUGAGUGACACGACAGCCCUUCCUCUUUCUAAGGAAACUUCCAAUGAAGUCAUUGAGAUCCUCAAAACACUUUUCAACAUCGCACACAAGUUCAACAGGCAGGAACCUGAUGAGGACGAGGCAACAAUGUAUCGUCAACUAGCAGCUGUGCUACGACACUGCCUCUUGCUAUCUUAUGUGGAUGAGGACUCCAAGGAGGAAAUUCAGGGGCAUACAGUAAACAUUCUAUCAGCACUGCCAUUGACAUGUCUGGACGUCCUGCUGUCUGUUCAUGUUGACAAAGCCUCCCAUCCAUGGGAAGGUGUCAACAUGGACUGUGUCCACACAUUGAUGCUGUAUAUGGAAAGACGCCUGAACAGGGGUGAGAAGCUAAAGGAGAAACUAAUUCUUGUACUCAAUCUACUGACUGAGAGCUCUCGGGUGCACAGGGAGACACGCCACUAUUUGCGGCAACAGAUCUUGCCUCCCUUGAGAGAUGUUGCUAUCCGUCCAGAGCAGGACCCCACACUGAGAGGGCAGCUGGUCCGCCUGAUGACCCAUGUUGACACAGAUGUGAAGCACUGCGCUGCUGAGCUGCUGUUUGUGCUCUGCAAGGAGAACGUUAGCCGCUUUGUCAAGUACACGGGUUACGGAAAUGCUGCUGGUCUUCUGGCGGCUCGCGGGCUGCUAAAUGGGAGAAGGCAUUCCGGUGACUUCCAGCACACAACCCAAUACUCCAGCGAUUCUGACUCAGACACAGAAGAGUACCGCGAGGCCAAAGCCAGGAUUAACCUGGUGACGGGUCGGGUGGAGGCAGAGCAGCCUGACCCGAUGGAGGGCAUGACAGAGGAGGAGAAGGAGGAGGAGGCCUGUCGCCUCAUCAGCAUGAUAAACCGACUAUCAAGGUGA